CUCCUGCUUCGUCUUGCUCAUCGUCGUCUGCGACGUCCGCACGGCAAGCACGGCGUCCUCCGCCAGCGUCCCCUGCGUCCCCCGCUUCCUCCCUCACCGCCUGAUCCAUCGGGAUUGGCCGUGACGCAUCGCUCGUCGGUCCACAUCCACCCGCGUUUGCCCCUUCCAUCUAAUUGGCAGCCGACGCAGUGCGCGGGAACGAGCUAGACGCAUACACUCUCGGACAGGUAUAUAGCAGCGGAUGGACAUUUCCAGCGCAUCCCCACGAGGCUCAUUGGACGAACUCAGCCCCCGCAUUCCCUCAAUGCCUUCCUCCUCUCACUCCUCUCCCUGGUCCCAGUCCAUGCCUCUGUCUGCCAUCGGCCAGCAGUCCCCCAACGCGAACGGCUACAGCAGCGCUCAGCAUACCCCUCGCCCGAGCGCGGUAGGCCCGGGCCCCGCCAGCACCGACUGGGCGAGCAUAUUCGCAGCCCCCCUCAACCCAUCCAUCUUCGCUGCUCUCGAAGCCAACGGUGUCUUCGGGCCAGUCAACCAAUCCCUUCCCCUGAGUAAUGCGCAGCCAUCGAGCCUACCGGGCCCAGCAUUCAGCGACCACUAUUCGCUUCAGGGCCAGUCUCGUCAGAACGGCAACCUCAACCACCGCACCUCUCUAGACAGCCAGGGGUCGUGGUCCCAGCCACAGUCUACGUUCUCCACUCCGCACAUCCGGCACCAGCGGCCCAACCUCCCCCGCGCAAACUCAUCUGCCGGCGAGGGUGCCCGCAACAAGCUUGGCUUGAGCGCUCUAUCCCGCAUCGAGGACUCCACUCGUCAGUCUGACGAAGGCCGUGCCGAUCGCCUUCCUGGGCGUAGCGCACUCAGCAGAUCCCUUCAAUCUCCAGACCCCGGUCUCCUUCACCCUACCUCGUAUGGCUCCGAGCGCUCCCUCAACGGCCUUCCACCCUCUCUGUGGAUGUCGAGCGCAUCCGAUGCGUCGUCACAUUCGGAUGGUAGGAAUCACAAGCUGUCGGCUGAAGCAUCGGAGCCCCCUUCAUCUACCAGGGCAUCGUCGCAUGCGUAUUCCCCUCUCUCGCCGCUGUCUCCUACUACCGAGACCAAGUCGGUGGCAUUCACCGAUUUAUUUGAGGGCGGCUUCAUGUCGGCGCCGCACGCCAGUGAGCAGCCGACGAGCUCGUUUACCUCCCCGCGCGCUGGCUCGCCAGACCUGAAGAGCUAUGAUGAACCGGACCCGGAGAAGAUGGCGAAGGAGGAUCCUCUAGCGACUCAGGUUUGGAGGAUGUACGCACGACAGAAGGCAACCCUGCCCCAGGCACAGCGAAUGGAGAAUUUGACGUGGCGAAUGAUGGCGCUAACGCUGAAGAAGAAGAAGGAAGAGGAGGAGGCCGGCAGCAAGACGACCUCGCCGCGUGUUGAGCAGAGUGCGGGUCCGAAGCACGAGGCGCAAUCGCCGAAGGUCGCUUCACCAAGCGUGCCUACUGCUCAGCCAGCGCAGAGUGCUUCUAACGCGGCCGGGCCGAGUUCGGAGGGCAUUGCCGGAGAGGAGGUGGGGAGAGGUCGUCGUCCGGAGAAGGGCAGGAGCCGUGUUAAGGUGGUCGGAUUCGAUGGCGCGAACCCGGAUGGUCUUGACGAGGAGAAUGAGACGCGCGACAUAUCAAUGGACUGGCGUGCUUUUAGUCGCUCGAGGUCAAGAGUUGAUAUGGACUGGAAGCCGCAGAGUCGCUCGAGGUCACGCCCGCCUGAGCAUACCUCUUUCGACCAGCACGGCAUGAUGGCGAGCAACAUGUCGUUCGGGUUCACGAGCAUGCUGCCGCCCGACGACGCCAGCUUCAACCGGCCCGGCAAGACGUCAUCUUCCCUGCCUUCGUCGAUGUCUCUGCUGUCCGCGGCCAGGCGGAGCCCGCCAUUUGCCUCCUCAACGGUUGGAGGCGAGCUUCCGUCGGUAUAUGAGGAGCCUCACUCGAUGCCUGGUCCUUCGUCGUUUGAUGGACAGGAACGGUACCCCAACAACCUCGAUUUCCACCCAUUCCCCUCCUCAUACAACAACUCGACCUUCAUGCCCGCCUCACUUCCAUCGCUUGGCCUGCACGGCCACAAGAUUCCGCCUGGUUCGAGUCCUGGGGACGCGCGCACGUUCCCUCGCCACGUUCGCAAGACGAGUUUCGAUCACACGGUGUCGAAGGACGGGCUCCUCUCUGGCCUGAGCGGACGCCAUCAAGUCAACGGCAAGCCCCUCUCUCCAGACGCCCUCGCUGGCAUGAAACGACGCGCUGACGCCCCGCACGCAGAAAGUAUGCUGCGCGGCGACCCCGCGUCGGUGCCCAACGUCCUAACAGGCCCGCAAUUGCCGGGCGACGACCGCUACGAGCGCAACAGCCCCUUCCCCUCGUCGACGUUCAACUUCACUUUCCCGUCGUAUGAUUCGGUGGGGAUGUUUGGCGACGGUGGUCUGAGUGGGCCGAAUGCGGAUGGAGGAGAAGGACGUUAUACGCACCAUUCGUCUGCGCGGUCCUCCAUCAGCAACCCGGGCUUCGGCUCGCCCAGCAACAACGAGCUGUCUGCUGGGGCUGCCGCCGCUGCGGCGUCGCUGGCGGAGAACUAUGCGCAUCUCAGUGCGGGCGGUCUGUCUGGCCUGGACGGCAGCCUUGACUAUCGCCACCUGAUGGGUCUCGUAUAUCCCACUCAGGGCAUCGACUCUGAUGGCUUGGGCUCACCUAGCGGGUACACGCACGUUGAUCCCACGCAAAUCCUUGCGGGCGUCGGACAGGCCGACUUCGGUAACGGUCUGCAGCAGCAUGCAAGUCCGUCGAGCGAUGGAUGGAAUGCGAGCUCGAAUGCUUCGCCGGAGCCGUAUAUUGCGAGCACGGCGUCGACGCCGCCUUCUGGCGAUGGACUGCCUCCGACGACCGGGAGGCAAGCGGCGCAGCGCAAGUACGUGCCGUUGAAGCAGAACGCGCAGAGGAAGAAGUCUUUGCCGACCUUGCAGUCGCCGAAUGGCGAGGAGAGGCGGUCGACGGCAAGCACGCCAGAGUUGGGAGGUGAAGGCGGGACCGGGAGUGGUCAGCAGGGCGGCAAGGGCGGAAGCGAAGAUGGUGAAGCGCCGCCCAUCUUGUGUACGAACUGCCAGACGACGAAUACGCCCUUGUGGAGACGAGACCCGGAAGGUCAACCGCUUUGCAACGCGUGCGGUUUGUUCUACAAACUACAUGGCGUCGUUCGCCCUCUGUCUCUGAAGACGGACGUAAUCAAGAAGCGGAAUCGCGCGUCGGGGGCGCCGAAUGGCGGGAACAGAAAGAACAGCACGGGCGCGGCGAAGACGGCGAACCGGCCACGGUCGCAGUCGAAUUCUGGACUCAUUGGUGGUCAUCGUGUAGGGAUGGUUGGAUCGGGGAAUGGGAACGGGCUGGCCAUGAAGCGCCAGCGACGGACAUCCACAUCGCUCCAGGCGUCUGCUGGCCUGCGCCGCGAGUGAGGGGGAACCCGGGGAACUUAUAGGAUUUGGCAAGUUUUAUAUCUCUUAUGCUUCUCACGACCGCUGCUUCUGUUGUUUGUUUGUUGUCUUCCUCAUUUAUUUGAACGAUGCGAGAUCUUGUAGAUGUAUCUUUACUCCGUAGCUAGCUCAUGCCUCCGUCUCUUUCCUACUCAUCGGUCUCGUCUCCUCAUGAUUCCUUUCCCUGACAGCGUCCGACAUAUGCUUGUACUUCGUAGUUGGUUAGAGAGCACGCUGAACAUGUCCUUAUACUAAUAGUACAUGUCUACCUUAGGCACUGGCGUAUUAUGACUUUUAUGGUG